CUCUCUCAAUGCACCCACUCUCUCACUACUACUACUACUACACCUCCUCCUAAUCUUCCCCCUACAUCCUCCAUGACAUUUUCAUACAGAUUCAAACUCAAGAUAUCUUGCUACUGGCAGAACAUGCACCCCUCAUGAACCGUGCUCCAUGUGAGACUUCCCGGCGAUCAUAAGACAAUUGCCCCCCCUCUACAAUUCAACCCCCGAUCUCCCCAACGUCCAGCCGGACAGACGGCGUCAUCGCCCUCCGGCGGCCCCUACAACCCCGGAUUCCAAUCAUCCCCCUCCUAUCCACGCAUCGCAUACUUUCUACCCUGCACUACCACCGCACGGAGAAAUAUAGUACUUCGCCCUCGGUGAUCGGAGAGCGAUAAUCUGAACGGUAAUAUCCAACCCGACGAACACAACCUCUCCCCGCGCCCGCCAUUCGGGCCCCCCCGGAACGAGUUUCUAAGGAAGAUGGAGCCCCGCAAAACGCCCCCGGAGUACUUCCUUGAGAUAUUCGCCGACACCACCACCGUUCGAGACGUCUUAAAGGGCAUCCUCAACCUAAUCUUCUUCCACCGAUACUUCCCCUCCAUCCGACCCACCACCUUUGACGUUCUAGACUUCACGCUCCCCGCCAUCAACGACGUCGACCUCGAAACCCUCAUCGACUCGCGCAUCAGCUCCCUCGUCCGCCAACACUCGGCAACCAGCGGCGGCACCUACGAAGGUGGUAGCGGCAGCGGUGGUGGUAGUGGCAGUGUCGGGGGCGGCGUCCGCGGCCGCAUCGCAGUGGAAUUCUACGAGAAGCGCCGCCGACGCUCCGGGAUAUGGUUCGGCGGCCUCGCAGGCAAAGGUGAGGAGGAAGUAUGCUGGGAGGUCUGGAAUCUGGACGUGACUAUCGCCACGCCACGGACUGAAUCUGAACGGGCCAAGGUCCGCAAAGCAAUGGAGAAUAUGCUGCAGAAGGCCGCCCUGAAGAUCCUCGCCGUGGUCAAUCGCGAUAAGGAUCAUAUUCCACCCAUCACGACCAGCGACUCCAAUCCCUUCCCUUAUCGCAUUGUCCUCAACCCGCGCACAGAUGGGUGGCAGAAUAGGUUUGGGCUGUAUUAAGAGGAAGUUUGGGAGAGAGGGGAGUCCACCCUCAGCGGUCUUGUCUGCUUGCAUUCAUAUUCGCAUUUGCGUUGGCUGGGCUACAGAUACCCAGGGCAUUUUCAUCUUGUUGAAUUCUAUCUAACUAUUCAUUUCCACCCCCGGCGGUGUCUGGCACCCCAAGGGUUUUUUAAGCAUCACUCAUCUGACUUUCGUCUCGCGGUGGGCCAAUCUAUCCAAAUCUUGUGGAUGUACUGUACUAGACGACUUUUGGAUUAUGUUAGUCCCCUUUGAGUUGUCAUGUCUUGACUCUCGACGUUUCAGGGCGAAUAUGUCAUAUACUUGGGAGCAGGAAACCAAUCAAAGACGCA